CUUGAACUAUAAUGAACUCCUAAACGAUUCAGCUGUAAUUAUUUCGAUCCUAUAAAUUAGAUAUGAGAUUAUUCCUCCGUCGGACAUUUUGUCAUUCGGUUACCUUCAAAGAAACGGUUCAUGGACCGGUACAACCGGGCAGCUCCAACGCCGGGAAGUUGAUAUGUGCGUGACUUGGGGUGCACCAUCGUUAGCCAAAGCUUCGGUUAUGGACGUGUCUUACCCAGUGGUCUUUACCGAUUCUUCUUUAAUGAUUCCGUUUCCUCGGCAAAGAAGUAAAAUUUGGGUUCAAGAAACAACUUUCGAGGGCUUGUCGGGGAUAAUGAUCGGAGCGGCUUUUACUUUCAUGAUCAUUGCAACUUGGAUCACCCACCGAAUUACUUAUUCAAGACUGGGACGCACCAGUCCCAGUGUAUUUCACUGGGCAUUUAUCUUUGUCAGCAUAUGGGCAUCUCAAGGACUCACGCUGAGAAAUCAAGCCUCGUCAUUUCGAAUGACUUUCUUCGUUUCCGUCUUCGGAGUUUUCAUCAUCUCAAAUUAUUUUACGGCGUCCUACACUUCGGUCAUAUCCAUUCCUAUUUUCAAGCCGAUCGUCACCUCCAUCGAAGAUUUGGCAACCAGCGAUACAGUCAAGACUCUUCUCAUCAAAGGAUCUAGCACAGAUGAGUACAUUAUGUCUUCAACCGAUCCGGCAUUAAAGAAGAUUGGUGACCAAAUGCGACGUUAUCCUGAGAGAAGAAUCCUCGACGCGUUCACCGUUGAAGACAUUUCGACAGUCGUCAAAGAAGAUUCUGCUCUCAUAAUCGUCAAAUCCAACGGAGAAUCCCUGAUAGAACAGAGUUAUAAAAUCAAUAAGAAAUGUCGAGUAACUUUUGCCGAGAAAACCUUCUUCAGUCGCCAGCAGACAUUUUCCUAUCCGAAAAACAGUCCCAUAGCCAAAGAAAUCGAUUACGAGCUUCUGCUGUUACACCAAGCUGGCUUGAUUCAAUACGCCGAGAAACGAGCUCAGAUGGGCCAUCACGAUCGCUGCCGAAUAUCCGAUAUGAAAAAGGCCCAGUCCGAAAAAAUUGCUCCGCUCAAACUCAGAAAUCAAAUGAGCGGAGCCUUCGUCUUCUUGUCCAUUGGCUUCGGUUUAGGCGUUUUGGCUUUUAUCAGCGAGUUGAUUGCGGCGAAAAUCAAGAAAAAAUCAAGAGUAAUUUCAGGUUCAGUAACAGUUAUAAACUAGGACGUGAAAGUCGAUCUUGAGAAUAAUUCUAUUAAAAAAGACGGAGUGUAUCAAUGUAAUAACGAUUUUAUUUAUUUUUCGGAGAAAAUUAAUUUGGUUAUUUAAUGUGAUAGAAUUUAGCUUUAACUAUGUAUUGGCCACUAAAAGUACAGCUCGAGGUAAUAUUCAAAAUAACCGUUUCUUAUAUGAUGGUCACCCACCAAAUAUCUAACUAUGGAACGCGAUAAUGAUUGGUAAUUAUGCGCACUUUUCGUUGUAAAAUUGUACACAUUACCUUGUAAAGAAGGUGGGAUAAUAUAAUCGUCCGUUUGUCAACGCCCAAACCAAACUAUCCCCCAAUCGACCCGUAUUAAAUUUGAACCCAAAAUAGGAUUGGCUUAUUUGCAUCAUUUGUAUUUCUUCACGCCCGAAAAGAUUUGCAGUUAAUACAAAUCGAUACCCAACCAAAAUAAUGUAGUACUCCAAAAGUUUAGCUGUGCUCAAUGAACCAUGUCGAAUGUGAAAUGAGCUUCUCGGAAUUGAAUUCUCGUCGC